GGACCAGAAUGUAUAGAGUGCUGGGUGAUGAUUUCAAUUUUAGUGUUGCAGAGUGAGAUAAGGAAUUAAGGAGAAUUGAGCGAGUGGACGGUGGAGAUGGAUUCUGGUACCGGGAACCCUAAUUACUCUCCGGAAUUUGAUCCUCAGCCUCUUCCGUCAACCAAUCCUAUCCACAGCCGACCCAUCCUGUCGUUUCCGAAGAGGCCUGCCCUCAGAAUUACCACUGAGUUUGAUAGUGAAAGCACCGUUUUCUUCCACAAAAUUUCUUGUAAGUUUUUGGACAGCCUUGCCAAGUUGAAGUUAGCUUUCCAUAAUAACAGUAAAGGAGAGAUUGCUGACCCUCAGAUCAGCUUCGUAUCCAAGUAUCUUAGUCUUCACUACGACCUUGAAGAUCACAGUGCUCUCGUUAAGAGUUCCGUUGACGUUGGUCCCAAAUUGAAACUCAUUGGUACUCACGAUGUCAAGGCUCAACAAGGAGAGGUUACAAUGGUUGCAAACCUUGAUAACCCUGGCUAUGCACUUCAACUAUCAACACCACUUCCAUCCACUACAUUAUUGCCCAAAGCAACCUUCAAAUUUCCUCAAGGUGAAAUUUCUUUACAAGAGAAAAAUGAUGACCACGACGACGAGGAACAACUCAAAAAUACCUUGUCACUCAGUGGGACUCUUAAAGGUCAAUUUUUUAAGGGUCUCUGCACUGCCCAAUACAAGGAUGAAGAAUUCAAGUUAAGAUAUCGCUACAAGGACGAUGAAAUGUCAUUUCUUCCAAUACUUUCUCUUCCUUCCAAUGAUUUGUCAUUUGCCUUCAAGCGUAGGUUUGGUCCUUCUGACAAGUUAAGUUACUGGUACAAUUGUGAUUCCAACUAUUGGAGUGCUGUCUACAAGCAUACUUACGGUGAAGAUUUCAAGUUUAAAGCUGGUUAUGAUUCAGAGGUUCGCCUUGGCUGGGCUUCCCUUUGGGUUGGAGAUGAAGGCGGGAAAGCAAAAACAGCUCCGAUGAAGAUGAAAGUUCAAUUCAUGCUUCAAGUGCCACAAGAUGAUAUAAAAUCUUCAGUAUUAAUGUUUCGGGUUAAGAAGAGAUGGGACAUUUAAGGGUCUCCUCCUGGCAAGUUUCCAUGCAAUUUAUAUGUUAAAAAGAUGGGUAUUAUCUCGCUCUUUAUUUUAACAAAAAAAGAUGGUUGCCUUUGCUAAGAUGAUGCUGACUGACUAUUUGACUGAUCGGUACUUAGCUGUGUGGCAAGAUUGCACAAAAUAUUGUAAAAUAGUACUCUCCGAUCUAAAAUAACUCAUUUGCAACCAAAAUAAUUGUUCUAAAAUAAGUGAACUAUUUCUUACAACAUUAAUUCUUUUUAUAAAAUUACAUUUUCUAAUA